UAUCGACAACAACCGCCCUACUAACAACAUCAGCAGGAAAGAUGGGUAAGAACCUCCCUCCAAUGUCCUUCCCAGCAUUUGCAACUCCGGAGAUCGAUUGCUGUCGCGACAAACUCGAACGACGUUUCACAGACGACUUCAGCAUCUAUUCGAUAUGAGAAGGAGAAACGCAGUCAGGAGUAUCAAUCACGUUGAGCCCGAGGCGACUACGAGAACGAGGGUUCGCUUCGACUUCAAGAUGCACCAUGGACGAAUUUCGAAAUUUUUCAAUAUUGCGCACAUACUACGAACGAACUGCAAACCAACCGGACACAACGAUCGAUAUUCACGAGUUGCAAAUGCUGAAAGAAGGGAUGCAUGGAAUCAUCGGUUCAUGUUGCUGACUGGGUAAUUUUAGGUCGUCUUCAGGAGUACCAGGUCGUCGGGCGUCAUCUGCCCUCAGAGGCAAACCCCACCCCCAAGCUCUACCGCAUGCGCAUCUUCGCUCCCAACGAUGUUGUCGCCAAGUCAAGGUUCUGGUACUUCCUCGGCAAGCUCCGAAAGAUCAAGAAGGCGAACGGCGAGAUCGUUUCCCUGAACCAGAUCUCCGAGAAGCGCCCCGAGAAGGUCAAGAACUUCGGUAUCUGGAUCCGUUACGACUCCCGCUCCGGUACCCACAACAUGUACAAGGAGUACCGUGAGUUGUCGAGGACCGACGCCGUCGAGGCCCUCUACCAGGAUAUGGCCGCCCGUCACCGCGCUCGUUUCCGGUCGAUCCACAUCCUCAAGGUCGUCGAGGUUGAGAAGAUCGCCGACAUCCGCCGCCCAUACCUCAAGCAGCUCGUCGAGAAGGGCCUCAAGUUCCCUCUCCCCCACCGUGUCAACAAGAAGGGCAGCAAGAAGAUCUUCGCCGCCAGCCGACCAUCAACUUUCUACUAAGCGUUUUCUUGUGUGGAGUGUGGAUCGGACGGGCCGGGUUGAUUUGGCUUUCGGGGGCUUUUCUGCAUGGCUAUAAAAAAAUGCAGUACAUUAGGAAUGAAUCAAAAGACCUGAAACUCCAUUAUGUCGCGACUUCGCAUCUUCGGGCCAAUUAACAUAAAGGGUCGUGCUUUGCUUGCACGAUCAUGAUGAGAGUUCUUAGACGAAAUGAAAAUGUUAACCGUACCAACCAUCUGCUGUUCUAGAGGCCAUGUCUUGCAUUGUGUGGGUUGAACAUUUGGAAGAAGAUCGCCUAAUAAUGCGUGUUGUGUAGAUGCAGUCGAUCAAUUUUCGCCGUCAGUUAGCAUGGAUUUGGCACAACUCUAUAAGGCUGAUAGACUAUUUUAUCAACAAG